AUGGGUGAUCAUGCUCCUUCCGCCGCCGCCGCCAAGAAGGUUCCGAUUCCUGGGAAGCGGAAUAUCCUCAUCACAAGCGCGCUGCCGUAUGUCAAUAACGUGCCGCACCUCGGCAACAUCAUCGGAUGUGUGUUGAGUGCGGAUGUGUUCGCGAGGUACUGUAGAAAUAGAGGUUAUAAUGCCAUAUAUAUCUGCGGUACGGAUGAGUACGGGACAGCCACUGAGACUAAGGCGUUGGAGGAGAAUUGUUCUCCAAAAGAAAUUUGUGACAAAUAUCAUGCUAUUCAUAAAGAGGUAUAUAAGUGGUUCAAUAUAAGCUUCGAUGAGUUUGGGCGCACAUCAAGUCCGCAGCAAACUGAAGUUUGCCAAGCAAUUUUCAAGAAGCUGCUGGAGAAUAACUGGCUUUCUGAAAACACAAUGCAGCAGCUCUACUGUGUUUCAUGCAAAAGAUUUUUGGCUGAUCGGCUUGUGGAGGGUAAUUGUCCAACUCCUGGCUGUAAUUAUGAUUCUGCACGUGGAGAUCAAUGUGAAAAGUGUGGGAAGCUUUUAAAUCCCACAGAAUUACUAGAGCCAAGAUGCAAGGUCUGUGGUAAUACUCCACGUAUCCAAGAUACAAACCACUUGUUUCUUGAGCUUCCUCUGCUGAAGGAUAAAUUAGAAGAAUACAUAAACAACAUGUCAGUGGCUGGAGGCUGGAGUCAAAAUGCCAUCCAAUCAACGCAUGCCUGGCUUAGAGAAGGGCUGAAACAGCGGUGUAUCACAAGAGAUUUGAAAUGGGGUGUUCCUGUUCCGCACGAGAAGUUCAAGGACAAGGUAUUCUAUGUAUGGUUUGAUGCACCUAUUGGAUAUGUCUCGAUUACUUCAUGCUACACACCAGAAUGGGAGAAAUGGUGGAAGAAUCCUGAAAAUGUAGAGCUGUAUCAAUUUAUGGGCAAGGAUAAUGUGCCUUUUCAUACUGUGAUGUUCCCAUCUACACUUAUUGGCACUGCUGAAAACUGGACUUUGAUGAAGACCAUCAGUGUUACAGAAUACUUGAAUUAUGAAGCAGGGAAAUUCUCGAAGAGUAAGGGUGUCGGCGUUUUUGGAAAUGAUGCAAAAGACACAAACAUUCCUGUGGAAGUAUGGAGAUACUACUUGCUGACAAAUAGGCCAGAGGUAUCGGAUACAUUGUUCACUUGGACUGAUUUGCAAGCAAAGUUGAACGGUGAAUUGCUGAGCAAUCUAGGAAAUUUCAUUAAUCGAGUCUUAAGUUUCAUUGCAAAAGAACCAGGUUCAGGAUAUGGUUCCAUCAUUCCUGAUGCUCAGGGUGCAGAAUCUCAUCCAUCGACGAAAGUACUGGGAGAGAAAGUCAGUAGUUAUGUUGAGCAGUAUAUUGAAGCAAUGGAGAAGGUGAAACUAAAGCAAGGCUUGAAGAUUGCUAUGUCUAUAUCUGGAGAAGGAAAUGCUUAUUUACAAGAAAGCCAAUUUUGGAAGCUUUACAAGGAAGAUCGAACUUCCUGUUCCGUGGUUAUGAAAACAUCAGUUGGAAUAGUGUAUCUUCUCACAUGUCUCUUGGAGCCUUUUAUGCCAUCAUUUUCCCUUGAGGUUAUGAAUAUUAAGCCUGCCCUUUGUGGUUGUAUCAAUUUUAAGUAG